AGCCUCAGUUAAUCCUUUUAAAGACGAGCGCUGCUGCUCAGCAGUGAAAGUCCUGCACUGAGACACUGAGGAGUUUCCCGUCCUGAGAGCAACAUGCAGAUUAACCUCAACAACAGCCAUCAACACCAGACGCCUCCACUGUUGCAGUGAUGCCUCCUCUGGUGACUUCACCAUGCCAUAUCUGAUAUGCCAUCUGGGAGUGAACGAGGACUAACCACCAUGAGCGCCGACCCCGAGCACCACGGCGAGCUGGCCGACUUGGUGGCGGCCAUAAACGUGGCCACCAACCACAUAACCCCGCCUAAUGGCUACAGAUCCGGUGCUCCGAGGCCCACCAAAGUCUCCGACAGAAAGAUGUCUCUGCAGGAAAGAGGGAGCCGCAUGGCCCGACAGCCAACCAUCGAGACCAAACGGGUGUCCAUCACAGAUGCUGAUGAUUGUGUCAUGCUCAACCAGUAUAAAUUGAAGAAAGAGAUUGGAAAGGGUUCAUACGGAGUGGUAAAAUUAGCUUAUAAUGAAGACUCAGAGCAGUACUACGCAAUGAAAGUUGUUUCAAAGAAGAGGCUGAUGAAGCAGUAUGGAUUCUUGCGCCGCCCGCCUCCUCAGGGAUCAAACUCUGUGUUUCCUCUGGAGAGAGUGUACAAGGAGAUCGCCAUCCUGAAGAAACUGCACCAUCAUAAUGUUGUUAAACUAGUUGAGGUGCUUGAUGAUCCUGAUGAAGAUGGACUUCAUAUGGCCUUCGAUUUGAUGACAAAGGGCCCGGUGAUGGAGGUGCCUACAGAGGACCCUUUCAAAGAGGAGCAGGCUCGCUUUUACUUCCGAGACGUCGUCCUGGGAAUAGAAUACUUGCACUACCACAAGAUCAUCCACAGGGACAUCAAACCCUCCAACCUGCUGCUAGGGGACGACGGUCACGUCAAGAUCGCAGACUUUGGCGUGAGUAAUGAGUUUGAGGGGAAGGACGCCCUCCUGUCGAGCACGGCGGGGACGCCGGCCUUCAUGGCGCCCGAGAUGAUGACCGAACACGAGCAGAGCUUCAGCGGGAAGGCACUAGACGUGUGGGCGAUGGGAGUCACACUCUACUGUUUUGUCAUUGGGAAGUGCCCUUUUUAUGAUGAAUACAUCAUCUCUCUGCACAACAAGAUCAAGAACAAACCCGUGGAGUUUCCAAAGAUUCCAUUGAUAAGCGACAAACUGAAGGAGCUUAUUGAGAGGAUGCUGGAUAAAAACCCAGAAACAAGAAUCACCAUCCCUGAAAUUAAGCUCCACGCGUGGGUGACAGAGAAUGGCUCCAAUCCUCUUCCUCUGGAGGAGGAGCACUGCACGGCGGUGGAGGUCACUGAGGAGGAGGUGCAGAACAGCGUCAAACUCAUCCCCAGCCUUUCCACUGUGAUUCUGGUGAAGUCCAUGCUGAGGAAGCGGUCGUUCAGUAAUCCCUUUGAGUGUCUGGGCAGACGGGCCGAGAGGUCCAUGUCUGCCCCUGGAGGUCUUCUUACUGGCUCUUUUGGCUUAUUGAGGUCUUCGCUUCAGCUUCAUCCUUCCUUGAGGAAGAUCAGCAACGAGGGCAGCAGAGACGGAGAGUUGGAGGACUUGUAUGAAGACGAAGCAUUUACAGAGAGUAACACAGAUUCAGUGGUGGAAUGUAACUAAGUACAUUUACUCCAGUAUUGUAGUUAAGUACAGUUUUGAUGUACUUGUACUUUACUUGAGUAUUUCCAUUAUCUGCCACUUAGUAUUUCUACUCUACUACAUCUCAGAGA